CCCGCCGAUGGGGUCCGGCCAAAGGCCGUGGAUGAGAACACUGAAGAGUUCAGGCUGGUCUACAGAUUUCCAGGCAUUAAGUACUGUAGAGUGCUCUCGAGAAUGAAGCUGUUACAGACUGCCAUCACCACCGUCAUGCUGCCUCCUGUCUGUUACCUGUAUCUGCACGACCAGGUUUCUCAGACUAUCCUGUUGUAUACAGCUGGCAUUGCUUUCUUCGCUGGUGGGAUGUUGUAUGGUAUGAGCUAUUUUUUCAGACGAAUCAUUGGACUAAUCUACUUAAAUGAAACUGGCAGUACUGUCAAAGUGGCCCACUUGACCUUUUGGGGAAGACGGAAAGACAUUCUCUGUCCAACCGAGAUGGUGAUGACUUUGGGUGAUGUUGGAGAUGGCAAGGAGGAGUUACUUCUCCAGUUCAAACGUGUUGAACUUUUCCUAAUGGCGUCCAAAUUAUUUUAAGCUUGGACUGAUAAAGUGGUACAGCAAUAUCAAAAGGAAAAGAGAAAUUGCUCUUGCCUUAAACACCAUGGCAGCAAGACACCAGCUGACUGAAGUGGGCUGUGUAUACUGCACGUUCUGGAUGCUCAGCUCUGUUAGAAUGUGCUUAGUAUGCGCCAAUGAUUCAGUUUUGGAGUGUACAAUAAAGGGCCGUAGAGAAGUUCAUUUAUAAAUAUUUUAUUUAAGAAUACUGAUUACACAAGAUGUAAUUUUUAUGGAGCUGUGUGCAGAGUUACUAGUUACACCAUGACGUAUAGUUAAGUAUUUGUUUAAACAUUUAUUUGGCACUGUCCACAGUACACUGUAAACAAUAUUAACGUUAUUAUGCUUCAGCUGCAGUGCUUAAUAUAUUUUCUAACAUGAUUUCAUCAACAUGUUGUACACCAUUAUACAGUUAGUGUCAGUAAAAAUUAUAAAAACACAUAGAGUAUUCAUAAUAAAAGAAGUGACGAUGUGGUAAGACUUCAAAUUACUGGACCUUUGCUUCUGUAAAAGUACAAGACUUGCUAGAGACAUUUACUAAAACUACUGCACUGAUAUGUUGAACAAACUAAUUUUCAAAAUGCAGUGAAAUAUAUUCUCAGUUUGACUUUCCUCUUGAUGCUAACAUGCUUACUAGGACAGUGAUGGCAAUGAGGUUUUGUUGAACGCCUGUUCACCAGUCUUUGUGGAAAUCUCGAGAUUUCCACAACAUCUGUUCAAAAACUUGCUCAGAUUCUGACCAGCGGGCACCAGAAGUCGGGUUCUGUAGAGUUUUACAGAAGUCCCAUUAUUUUGAAGCUAGCAGAAGUGAGAUUUCUUGAGUUGCUUUGUACCAGUACUCAAAAACUGUAAGGGGCAAACCACAGUUAACACUUAUUAAAGCAGAUAAACUUUGCACAUUUUAGUAGCUUUAUUAAAGAUGCAUAAAUCCCUUAACUGCCUUGUAUCAUUACAUCCUUAAAAAUUGUGGUUAAGUUGCUGAUAGGGCAGCCAAAAAGUCAGAUGUGGUCUUUAUUUGUUGGUGUGUAACAAAGCUAAUAAUCAAAAUUUAGAAGCUUGUUAGCUAAGAAAUGGAAAAAAAAAAAA